UUUGCUUUUCCCUUGACGUAACAGUUCGUUUCUUGAGGGUCUCCCCACAAAAAGAUCUCAUUUGCUUCCUUCAGUUUUCUUUGUAGGACUGGUUUUCACUAUUUUGUUUAUAUUUUGAGAAGAGCAAACAAUUUUUUUGUUUCACCUCAGGGCAUUUGAAAAUGCUUCUUUUAUCAAGUACCAUUACGUUAUAACAAGCUGAUAUUUUAUAUAUUAACAUGGAUUCUAUCAGGUAUCAACUGAGAUAUAAUCUAAAUGGUAAUUUGGAGCUUGACUUACGAAGGCAUCGAUUAGUUGCAAUACCAUCCAGUGUGUUCAGGUAUCCAGCAAUCAAAGUAUUAAUUUUACAAGAGAACUUUCUGGAAUAUCUACCAAGUGACAUUGCCAUGUUAGCAUCAUUAAGUGUUUUGCAAUUACAGAAAAACAGACUAAUGACCAUCCCCAGAGAAAUAACAUACUGCCGCCAACUGCGGUAUUUGGAUCUCACUAGUAACAAUUUCAUCUCUUUUCCACAAGCCAUUAUUUUCUUAAAACAACUCAAAAUCCUCAAAAUAGCAAACAACCAAAUCAAAGACAUUCCAUAUCAAAUUAGUUAUUUAGAUAAAUUGUGCAAAUUCGACAUUCAUAAAAACAAUUUACAGAAUCUGCCAAAUUCAAUGGCAAGUCUCAAAAAAUUGCAAGAAUUAGAUUUAUCAGAGAAUCUUUUUGAGCAGCUUCCUCCAGUUAUAUGCUCGUUAUGCAACACUAAAUCCUUAAAUUUUAGUAGAAACUUAUUGACUUAUAUAAUACCUUGUUUGGAUAAUUUGAAGAACUUGCAAGAACUCAACGUCUCAUACAAUAACUUAAUGUCUGUGUGUUUAUCGAUGAACAAAUUAAAGAAGAUGAAGUAUCUGAACCUGAGUUACAAUCAACUGACGGAAGUGCCAACAUCUCUACAGCAGCUGCCAUACCUGAGAAUACUUCACAUUCAAGGAAAUAAAAUUAAGCAUGUACCAAAUGGCUUCACGAGUUUAAUGUACCUGAAUCUUUCUAACAAUCAAAUCUAUAAUUUUACAAUAGGAAAAAUGAAGAAUUUGUUAUCACUGAACGUCAGUCACAACAGAUUGAGUCAAUUACCUCACGGCUUCUAUCAGCUGAAACGACUGGAACACCUGAUUGUUAACGACAAUCACAUAAAGUCCAUACCUUAUGAAAUAGUAAGACUAAAACACCUACGCACACUGGAUAUUAGCAACAACAGGUUAACGAGCGUACCCCCAUAUAUUCCUCAAAUUACAAGUUUGGAAUAUUUCAAUACAGAAAACUGUAACGGAGAACAAGAGACAAACUCACAGAGAAACGAAUUCAUCACAGCAAAGAAACACUUUAUGAAAAAACACGAAAGCAACUUAAUUCAGAAGAAGUGCCUCGAAGCGAAACCUCCAAAGCAAUAUUCCUCAGUGAAAAGUUUUACUGGGGAUAACCAAUAUACAAAAAGAAAACAGUGCAAACGCUUCCAAUGCCAGACGGGGACAUUGUUGAAGAACACGGCUUUAUUAGAAUACGACACAACCCAUUACACAAUGCCAUCAUAUAAGGCUCAGGCAUGGAAUAACACAGAUGCCAACUCCAUAUCAAAUGUAUCCAAUCAAAGGCAAAUCUUAAAUAGAGGAGGAAGCCAAUGGCUCCAUGCUUACUCUAAAAGCACGGACAGCAAACGAAACCUUCACACAAGCGACAGCACGAGUGGUUUUGCUGAUGAGAUUGAGGUCAGUAUUGCCAGUGAUGUCUCUUCAAAUGAUCCAGCAAUGAUGACCAUUCACGACUGGUUGGAACCAGAACCAGAACACAGGAAUACCAACUGGCCGACAGUCCAGUUCAGCUUUGAUGAAACUAUUUCAUGUGGCUGUAGUGAUUCUAAUGCAACAGUGGCCAAUCCAAGAGCACAUGGUCUGGUGAAGGUAUUUAAAGAGAUAUUCAGCAUAACAGAGGCCGGAGGAGAGUUUGUCUCCUCAGACAACUCUAACAUCUCUUUAAAUAUACCAAGUGACAAUAAUGUGGAACAACACCUACAGGUUAUCAUGCAGGUAAUUAGUAUCAGUGAAGACGCCAUUCUGUCGGCUCAAAUCCAAGACCCUCUCCUGAACAACAUACUUUCCGUAAGUGUUAUUGUGAUGCUAACGCCCAACACUGACGUUCCAUUUACCAUUCCUAUAACCAUCAACCUGCCAGCACCACCGACACUGGAAGACAACGAAGUCAGUGGCUGUUUACACGUGCUGACGGCAAAGAACGACAACACCUGUACUCCUUUCUUUAGAAAUUAUACUCUGGAAAAUGGAUACAUAACCUUACAAACCUACCACUUAGCAGGGAAAGUUGCAGUAAUGACCAGAUCAAAAUGCCAAUAUAAGGCCUGUAAAUGCACCGAAAGUCUGCUGAUGAUGAUUUUGUCCUGAAGAUGGAAACACGAAGAAUGGAAACUAAACUUAAGACAGAAGUCAGCUGAGGCUUUAUUCUAUUUUAAUUAAAUUCUAAAGACACAAAAUUUAGCAACAAAAUAAAUGCUUCUCUUUUUUUCUUUU